AUGCUGGGAUAUCCCUUUGGAACGGAGGGCGACAGGUCAGUGGAAGAUUUUCACAUCUACGUGCCCACGGGGCUCCUCGCCACCCCCACCCUAGAGGGCCUGUCCGGCGCGCUUUGGAGCGGCUUCUCCGCUGCCGGCAACGAGAAGGCCGCCACCUUCUGGGGCGCGGUGCUCACCUUCUGCUACACGGACCUGUUGGACUCCUCCGGCACCUUCUUCGCCGUGGCGAAGGUCGCCGGGCUCACGGACAGUCGCGGCAACCUGCCCUUGGCGAGGCAGAACAUGGCGUACCUGGCCGAUGCCAUCGCCGCGUUGUGCGGAUCCAUGCUCGGGGUGUCUACGGUGGCCACGUUUGCGGAGAGUACCGCAGGGGUAGCUGAUGGCGCCAAGACAGGUUUGGCCACCUUGGUGACGGGGGUCUGCUUCUUGUUCGCCAUCCCCUUUGCUCCCGUGGUAUCUGCCGUUCCGCCCUUGGCCUCUGGACCCAUCCUUUGCUUGCUGGGCGCGUUGAUGUGCAGCGCGGUCAUGGGCAUCCCUUGGCAUGACUACGAGGAGUCCAUGCCAGCCUUUGUGGCGAUGGUCACCAUGCCCUUCACCUUCAGCAUCGGCUACGGCAUCAUCUUCGGGUUGCUCCUGUGGGUGGCCAUCCAGCUCCUGUUGAUCCCGCUCCGUCUCUUCAGGAAGCAGAAGCCCUUCGUCAAGUUCCAGGAGCUCUGGGCGGGAGUCUUCGUGGAGGGCCUGGAGGACGAGCACAGCGAGGCGGAGCUCGACACGGAUGUGGGCUCCUCCGAAGGGAGCGAUGCCAGCCUGGUGCAUGGAUAUGUCGCCACUGCAUUGGUGGAUGGGCACAUUGCACAGGUGAUUUCGCUGAAUGAGGAGUCCUUUGCAUUUUGCGUUGGUCGACACAUCACAUUGUGCCACCAAAGCCGGCAGCGCUUGUCCUUCUUCGGGCGGGAUGCCAGGCAUCGCACCAUCACAGCCAUGACAAAGUGUGGGCGUUCCCCUCCCUUUGUGUCGCUCAAUGGCAAGCUCAUGGCGGUGGGCGAGCGUGUGGGGUCAGAUGAUGGCUCCACACACGCAGCACAGAUCAGCGUCCUGAACAUACCGAAGGAGACCGGCGAGAAAGCGGAGUCAAUGGACAAGGAUGAGACGCUGAAGGUGCUGCAUCCGACGAACAAGCGCUUGGACAUUGUAGACUUGGCGUUCACCGCGGACGGGAAGAACCUCGUCUCGUUGUCGAGCAUGCCGGAUGCAACUUUGUCCUUCUGGCGCUGGGGCGCCGAGAAGCUCAUGUCUUCCCACGACAUGCAGAUGCCGGUCAGUCGCGUCCUGGGGAAUCCCGGCAACGUCGCCCAGUUCUCCGUGGGCGGGCUGUCCUAUUUGCGCCUGUGGGACUACAAUCCCAAUGACCAUGGAUUGAACGAGAAUCCUUCCCUAUUUCCUUUGAAGCAGGAAAAGUCGAUGAAGGUGGCAGACCACUGUUGGGUUCUCGCCACUUUCCUCUGCGCGGCCACGGAGGAUGGACGCGUGGUCAUCUUUGAAGAUGGCGCCCAACGGGAGGAAGUCGAUGUCCGAGCUCAGAUUGAGAAGGAUGAGUCGACAGGUGCGAAAGCUGCAGAAAAGGAGCAGGUCAUGCAGCUGGCCAAACUCCGGGGCGAGGGUCCGCCAAUGAUGGAGACGCCGCCAGUGCGCCUCACCACCAUCACUGCCUGGUUCCAAGGCUUUGUGGUGGGCGGGGACCAGGGCUACCUGGGCGUCUUCCGCGUGGAUUCCAAGGCGCAGGUGGAGUCCGUCGGCACCUUUCGGAUGCCCGGUGAGAAGGCGAUCAUGUGGAAUUUGAGCACGAGUACAGAGGAGAGCAGCUUAGUGAUCCUCUCCUACGAAGAGCAUGAGACAGAGUCCCUGAGCACAGACACGCGCUCGCGGGGCAACAGCGCCUCCAGACAGUCCACGGUGUCGAGGGCCUCCAGCGCCGCGGCGGCCCGACCAAAGCCGCCCUGCGCCAAGUGGUCGCUGCACACGUUCCCUAUGGCACAGGCAGACUUGGCCGGCACUGGGCAGCUAGAGGUCUUCGCUCCGGUCUUCCGCUUCGGCACGCACCAUGGACUGGUGACUGCCAUGAAGUCGGCCUUCAGUCGCCACCUCAUCGCUAGUGUGGCAGAGGACAAGACCUUGAAGCUGUGGAACUACCCCACGGAGGAGCAGGAGGCGCAGAUGGGCUUCACCCCGGAGUUGAGCUUGCAGGUGUCUCCAUAUGAAUGUGCCACCUCAGUGGCAGUGCAUCCCAUGGGCUUCCAAGUUGCCGUCAUCCUGGAGGACAUCUUGCGCAUCUUCCAUUUGACGCCUGCACAAGCGAGUCGAACUCAGUUUGACUUAGCGUUGAAGAAUCCCGGCAGCGUCGCUUAUUCCAACAGUGGGAGCAUGCUCGCAGUCUCCUCAGAUAAUGACGUUGCCUUGAUCGAUCCAUGGCGAGCAGUUGUUUUGCACCUGUUCAGCGGCCGUGGGGGCGGCCAUGUCUCCGUGGUGAACCAGGUCCUCUUCUCUGAGGGCGACCGGAUGUUACUCUCCAGCGGUUUGGCUCCACAUGGAGCCAUUUAUGGCUGGGAUCUCACCACGGCCGGCCGGGAGCGGUGCUUCGAGCACGUGAACAAGCACGCUAGCUACACUGACCUGCACUUUGACUCCCGCCAGCAGUUGGCAGUGGGGUGCCUCCAGCCAGAGGGCCACUUGAGUGUCAUGGGGCACCUCAGUUCUCCCCACUUCGAGAUCCACGCGGACAACAAGCGGAACCUGUACACAUCGUGCUGCCUUGCAGCUGCUGUUGGCCUUCUCUUGGCUGGCACUCGACAAGGCAGCGUGCGGAUCUUCCGCUGGCCCUACGAGGCUGGAGCGGCCUUCCUCACCGAGAUCUCCUUGCAUGCGCACAGCAUCACCGCCUUGACGCUGUCAUUCGAUGCACGUUAUCUGUUCAGUGGCUGUGAGGGCGGAUCAGUCAUUUGCUGUGAGGUUGCGCAGUCCACCCUGGAUGCGCAAGGAGUUGCUCAGAAGGUGUCCGCCAUGGAGCUUGACCAGAAGAUCGUCCGUGUCAGGCACGGAGGGCUUGAGAAGCCUGCUGCAAACCAGGCACAGCGCGAGGACGAGAAGAAGGCUCGCGACCUGCAGCAAAAGCUUUGGGAGUCAGUCAGGGCCAUCUCGGCUACCACGGCAUCUCUGGAUGACUUGAUGCUGAUUCCAAAGUCCUACCUCACGGACGUCCUCAACGAGAUCCGCGAGUUGGAGGAUAGAAUGCAAUUCCUGAAGCACGAGAGCGACCACGUGCUGGAGCAAAAGGAAAGCGACCUGCAAGAGAAGUUGCUCACCAUUCAGAUGGAGAGAAAGCAAGAGAGAGCAAUGGCAGAUGAGAAGUAUGACAAUCUCUUCGUGCAGCUCAAGCAGACCAGCGAACGGCAUCAUCAGGAUAUGCAAGAAGCAAAUACCAACUUCGACUCGCGGCACAAGAAGAUGCAGGAUCAGUUUGAGGGCACCAUCUCCAAGGAGUACGAGAAAAACAGCAAGCUUUUAGACGAGCUGCAAAGUCUUCGUGAUGAGUUUGACGAGGAUAAGUCCAAGAUGCUGAGAGCCCACGAAGAGCAGCUGCUGCAGCUCCGCAGCGCGCAGGAGCAAGCCUUGCGAGAUUGGAGGACAGAGUACGACAAGGUCUGCAACUUGCUGAAGUCCGAUGGCCUGAAGUUCGAAGAAGCCCUGCGGCAGCAGGAGUUCGAGUAUGAACACCAGAUCGUCGAGAUCCAAGAGCGCGAGCGCAAGGCCCUGCAGGAUGAGUCGGAGAAGUCCACGACAGCUCUGAAGGAUGGAGUCAGCAUGAAGCAGACCAUCGGCAUGCUACAGAAUCAGGUCAAGGCAAAGGAAGCUGAGCUUGCCGAGGCGGCAGAGCGGCAAGAAGAUCUGCGGAAGAAGCUCCAAGCGUCGCAAGAGAUGGUGGAGAAGGUGCGAGCGCAACUGAAGGAGCGCGAGAGAAGCUUGAAGGUGAAGGACGAAAGCCUGAACAAGCUGAGAGAGCAGAUGAAGCACCUCGAGAGCUUUCGCUUCGUGCUCUUUCACAAGGUCAGAGCGCUGGAGGAGGAGCGGGACCCUUUGGAAGAGCAGGUGAACUCCCUCAAGACGAGCGUUCGAGAAAUGUACAACGAGUUCGUCCGGGAGUUCCGGCAGAAGCAAAAGCUAGACCAGGCACUAAGUGACAAAAGCAUGCGGUCGUCCUCCUUGCAGCAAGAGAAUGUGGAGCUGCGAGCACAGCUCGUGCAGCUGAAAAAGGACGGCCGCCGGCUGAUUCAACAGGCGGAGCAGGUGCUCCACCCGGACACCACCGAGGAGUACACGCAGAUUGCGAAGAAGCUGCAGAGCGUCCUCGAGAAGCACCAGAAGCUUUUGGCCUGGAAGCCAUCGGAUGAGCCAGAGGAAAACCGCUCUGCCACAGAGGAGGCCAAUGGCAAGGCGCUCAUCGAGGAGAUGGCCAUCCAGCGGGACUUGCUCUUCCGCAAGAAGGAGAUCGCCACGGCGGCAGCCGAGCAGACGAAGCGCGAGUGCACACAGGAUGUGCGCAAGCUAACGUCUGAAAAUGCUCAGCUGAUUGCAGAGAUGAACACACUCCGCUCGGAGAACCGGUCCUACCAGAGAAGUUGUAGAGAAAUGGAGGCCAAUAUCAUGGCCUUGCGUGCAAAGACUGGGAUGAGAGGCGGACUGCAGGCAGCCUCUGCACCAGAUUUAGGGCAGGCCAAAAACCGGGUGCCGCCCAAUGGCAGGCCGCUGGCCAGCUCCGAGACGCCGUACGUCAGGCGGAAAGUUGUGGAUCAGCAGGAGAAGUACCGGAGACAGCAGGUGAAGGGAACGCAUCAGCUGCCUCCGAUUGUUCAGCGCAGCAGCAGCCCUGUGUCACACAGACUCGGCAAUGCAGAGGAAGUACGCUUUGAGCAUGCAAUGGAGUCCUUCCAAGCUGAAACUCAGCAUUUCGAGGAGCAAGGCAUUGAGGUUAGCCGGCUCCACGAAACUGCGGCGGUUAUCGCCCAAGCUCCAACGGAAGCAGAGGCCGGCGAUGGCCCAUCAACUUGA